GCUAGAGGCCCGGCGACGUGGGAGGACUUGGGGAGUGCAGCGCUCAGGGCGCAGGGUUGGUCCCGGAGAGGACAAGGAGCCCGGUUCGCGGGUCCCCCUUGGAGGCAGAGGAUGCGGGCACUGGAAGGAGGUGUGGGGCGCGGGUAGGCGACUGAGGACACCCGCGUGGGGCCCUGGAACACCAGGUUCAGAGGCUGCCCUGGGACGCACAGGGGCUGCGGUUCGCGGGGUGGGCUGCACCCACCAGGGCCACAGGCCUGGGCCAGGAGGAUCCAUCCACCGCGCCAGGGCUCAGGCUCUUCUGGAAGCCCGCAGCGGCCGCGCCUCCCAACAUGUCCGUGACCACACAAGCCUUCGUCACGCUGGCCACCAACGAUAUUUACUGCCAGGGGGCCCUGGUGUUGGGCCUGUCCUUGAGGAAUCACAAGACGAUGAGGAAGCUGGUGGUGUUGAUCACCCCUCAGGUGUCCAGCCUGCUCAGGGAUGUCCUCUCACGGGUGUUCGAUGAGGUCAUUGAAGUCAAUCUGAUGGACAGCGAAGACUACAUCCACCUGGCAUUUCUGAAGAGACCUGAGCUGGGGGUCACCCUCACCAAGCUCCACUGCUGGACCCUCACUCACUACAGCAAGUGCGUCUUCUUGGAUGCCGACACCCUGGUUCUGCACAACAUCGACGAGCUGUUUGACAGGGAAGAACUCUCCGCAGCCCCGGAUCCGGGAUGGCCCGACUGCUUCAAUAGCGGGGUGUUUGUCUUCCAGCCUUCCCUGGAGACCCACCAGCUCCUGCUGCAGCAUGCCACGGAGCACGGCAGCUUUGACGGCGCAGAUCAAGGCUUGCUGAACAGUUUCUUCAGUGACUGGCCGACGGCGGACAUCCAUAAGCAUUUGCCUUUCAUCUACAACCUGACCAGCAACGCAGCCUACACCUACAGUCCAGCCUUCCAACAGUUCGGCUCCAGCGCGAAGGUGGUGCACUUUCUGGGGUCCACUAAGCCCUGGAACUGCACGUACGACCCGCAGACUGGCUCCGUCUCGGAGCAGGGCGCGGGGUCCGGCCCCCAGCAGCACGUGACCUUCCUGAAUCUCUGGUGGAGGCUGUUCCAGGAGGGCGCGCGGCCUCUGUACCCAACCGCCCGUGCGCAGGAGAGACAGGGACCUGCGGGGCUCCGCGUUUGCUCAGAUGGCCUCGAGGCGAUGCGUGCAAAUUCAGCCCCCAGUGCUGCAGAGCCGUGUGCAAACUCAGCUGCCCCUUCUGAGGUGCCGUGUGCAAAUUCUGCACCAGGAUCGGGCCACCCGCGGUCUGCUCUGGAGAACACAUCCACCACGGUGGCUGAGACCCGGACGUCCCCUGAAGGAUGGGAAGAUAUGGAGACGCGCCACCCUGUCCAGGCACCAGGAGGCUGCACCCCGGCAUCAGGUGGGAUCCCACGGGAGAGAACAGAGAAGGAUCCACGUUGGACACCGGUGAGCCCGUCACUCUCAGCGCCUGAGACGGGAGGCUGCCCUGACACCCUGAUUCCGGCCAGGAUCCCGUGUGCGCCUCGGCCACCGCUGGCCCUGCCAUUUCCAGACGUCGCUGAGACCCAACCCACCCGGCAGGCAGCGAAUCAAGUCAAAGGUGGCCCAGCUGAGUCGUCUUUGGAUCCGAGUCAGGAGGUCCCUGGGGAGCCCUGCAGAGACCCCGGUGCUCAGGAAACCCUGGAGGUCCAUGUGGCCGCCUCCGUCUCCAAGAUUUCCAUCCAGGAGAAGCUCAAGGAGCCCAGCCCCGAGGAGGAGAGGAAGAAGUGGGAGGAAGGUCGCAUCGACUACAUGGGGAAGGACGCCUUCGCGCGCAUUCAGGAGAAGCUGGACCGCUUCCUACACUGAUGCGCGUGCGUGGCGGCCACCGCUGACCCCUCCCGGGGGGAACCCUGUGCCUCUAUUUAUGAUUCACCAACUCCAGUGCCUGCCCAGAGUUAUGUAGAUGCUAAAGGUCCAGCUCCAAGCCACCCUGGCUGCCCCCGAGCUCCCUACCCUGCCUCUCGGGCUUUCCUGAGAGGUCGAUCCUUCCCUUUGUCAGCAAAAGAGAGCAAGCCUAUAGCCCUAGUGGACCCCGGAUGCUGGUCUCUGGUCUUACUGGAAAGAGUUCUCCAGUGCUGUGUAGCCUCAGUGCUGCCUGUCCAGCCUUUAUGGGGUUCCACUUCGGUGCCUAUCUUAAUUAUCUAAUUAUGCAUACCUUAAUUAUCUGAUUAACCUCAUAACAUUAGACUGCGUAUUCCGUACCUCUGAGCCUGUCAUCCCAGCAGCUCGGGAGGCUGAGGCAGGAGGAUCUCGAGUUCAAAGCCAGCCUCAGCCAAAGGGAGGCCCUAAGCCACUCGGUGAGACCCUGUCUCUAAAUAAAAUGCAAAAUGGGGCUCGGGGACAGGGCUCAGGGGUUGAGAGCCCCUGAGUUCCAUCCCAGGUACCACAAAAAAAAAAAAAAAAAAUGAAGACUCUCACUCGGAGGGGUAGCAGCUUGAUCUGCACUAACAGAAACUAGAGAUAGAUGCUUUUUGCUAAGUGAUGACAUCAGCAAGCGGUGGGUGACCUCUGAGCAGUCCUUCCUCGGUCUCUGCAUCUCUACCUCAGUGCCAAGUACCUUCGGUGAUCACUCUCCAAAGCCAUUUCCUCUGGGCUCCUCUGGGAGCACGCUCAGUGUCCUGGGGAUGGGACAGCUGCUUCCAAUUCCAAACCACCAUUUCACACCUAUCCUCAUCACUGGCACCGAUGCGAAGGGCUGCGUGUGUCACUGGGUGGCCAUGAUAGGGGAUUGGGUUCUAGGGGAUCCCUCUCCAACAGGCUGGGCUGGGACAUGGUGAGAACACUGUUUUAUGGUGUCUGUCUGUCUGUCUGGCCGGCCUCUGUCACUCAAAGCAGGUUGACCCUUUAGGGAGAGCCCUUGGGGUGAGCUCAUGGUGUUGACUGAGGCGUCCGCUGAUGAUCCCCAUCCAAGCAAAAUCGUGAAUAUAUCACAGAACAAAAGAGUGUUGGUGCUAUGAAACCAGAAGCCUCCGUCGAGCAAACCAGAUGGACGGUAUUCCAGAAAAUUCAUACUCGUAAAUGAAUGUGCAUCUCUGGAAAUGGGAAUUCGUGGCAAUGGUUUAGUGGGCUUUCAGGAUUCUAGCUCCAUCUAGAAUGUGACUGCACCCCCGGUGCGCGCCAGUCAACCUCCUUGGAAGAGCGCUGAUGGAUUUGAAUUAAAGUCUUAAAAAGCCA